GUUUUGUUUUUGUUGUCAUUAUGUUUUGUGUUUAAUAAAUUAGAACUUUUAUAAAGAUCAGCAUGGGAUUUUCGCUUGUUGUUGUUGCAGUUGCAGCUGUUGUAUCUGUCUAUAAGAUAUGGUCUUGCGUUGGCAAUGCUUGUAGAAAUGUGGAAUCACAACAUCAGGCAGUUCAUAUUAAUUCAGAAGCUUCAAGCAGCAUGCCCAUAGCUUCUACUAGUGUUGCUGCCAGACGAGAAGAACUAUAUACUCGUACCUACUACCGUGUGUUGCCACCAUAUGCUAACUGCCCACCGGCAAAUGUUAAUAGAAGCCAAACUCUAAGUAAUCGUUCAAACGAAAUUCGCCAUUCUUCUCUUCCCCCUCAUUCCAUUACAAUUGUAUCUAAUCGAGUAGUUGGUGCUGUUAUCGGCCAAUCUAACAAUCGAAUACAAACUCAAAAGAAAAGCACAAACAAAAUUGGUCGUUCUACACAUCCUCCAUCUUUUGCAGCCUCAACUACAGGCCAACAUAAUACAAAUGUUCGAGUAUCUAUAGCUAAUAGCAGUCAAUCUAAUAAUCGUUCAAAGAAUGUUAGAACUUCGGCGAAGACCAAUGUUAAUGGCAGCCAAUCUCUGAAUAAUUCAAACGAAUUUCAUCAAUCUUCUCUUCAUCGUCUUCCUCCUCGAUCUAAUACAAAUGCAAUUGUCCAAUUAAGAGAUGGUACUAAUAUCAGCCAAUGUAACAAUCGAAUCCAAACUCAAAGGACAAGCUCAAACGAAGUUCGUCGUCCUACAAAUCCACUAUCUAUUGCACCCUCAACUAUAGGUCGUCAUAAUACAAAUGUUCGAGUAUCUGUAGCUAAUACCAGUCAAUCUAGUAAUCGUUCGAAGAAUGUAAGAACCUCGACAAGGGCAAAUACCACUGUAAAAGAUUCAAACCAACGUAUCAAAGAAAUUGUUAUAUUGGGCGAUGAUGACAACGAUAAUGGGGACUACAUAGCCAUAACUUAUCCACCACCACUUGUUGAUUUAUGCACUCCAGAAUAGAGUCGGAGCUUACGUCGAAUGCAUUAAGAUGCCGAAAGAAGGAAUAAUGUCACACUAAAACAUUAAAAUUUUCAAAAAAUACACUUUUUUUUUUUUUAA